GUUUAGGUUUUUUUUAUUUACAUUUGUGGAGCUUCCAUGUUGACCUCGGAUCAUUUAAAUGGAAUAAGGAGCAUAUGAAGUAUUAUUGUGUAAUAGCGACGCGCUAUACAACACUACAAGUAUAUAUGUACUUGGUACACAUGAAACAUUUGCUAUGCCGACCAGGCAAAUAAUUACUAUAUUUAUUAAUACACCAACAUAAUUCACUUCUUAAAGUAAUCACUGAUAACACUUGAAAAAAGAUAAAUAGAUAAUCACAUAAUAUGUAAAGAAACCAUGAUGGGCAUAUUAAUUUAUCAUCGGAUUAAACAGGUCGUUGAAAAAGUUUAGCAAAAUGGCCAGCGAAAACUAUCCAUAUGAAAUUAAAGUUGUGGAAUUAGAAGGAAAAGAAGGAGUAAUUAAGUUUCCAGCAAUUUUACGCAUAGGACCUAAGGGUUAUGUGUUACCCGAAAAAUUUAAACAUGAAGCGGCCGAUAUUUAUAAUAUGGAAGUCAGGUCCAGUGACGUUUUUGUCGCCAGUUUCCCAAGAUCUGGAACUACGUGGACUCAGGAUAUGGUUUGGCUGAUAGUGUCUGAUUUAGACUACGAAAGAGCAUUGAAUAUACCACUAACAGAGAGAUAUGCUUUUCUGGAGUUUUCUUUAAGUUUUGAUGACGAAAUGAAAGAGAAAUUAUUCGCCGUCAACAAGGACGACGAGGCGAAGCUCAAAGAAUUUGAACUUCUUUUUAAACCGGGGACAGAGAUAUUGGAAACCACACCAUCUCCACGGUUUAUAAAGACCCACCUGCCACUCUCCUUGAUGCCACGGAAGGCUCUUGAAGCCAAGGUAGUAUAUGUGGCAAGAGAUCCGCGGGAUGCAAUCGUAUCUUUUUAUCAUUUAGUAAAUUCAAUGAGAUUUGCUAACAUUGACGGAGAUUUUAAAACAUUUUGGAACUCGGUUGUAAACAAUAUCCAACCCUGGACGCCAUAUUUCGAUCACGUUAAGGAAGCGUGGGAAAAGCGUGAUCAUCCAAAUAUGCUGUUUUUAUUCUACGAAGAUAUGAGAAAGGAUCUGCCUUCAGUUGUACGCCGCGUUUCAGAUUUCUUCGGCAAAGAAUAUAAUGAGGAAGAAAUAGCGCGGCUCUGUGACCAUCUCAGUUUUGACAAUUUUAAGAAGAACCCUUCAGUUAAUUACGAUCUUAUGAAGGAGCUUGGAUUUAUGUAUGCUGAUAGAGAGUUUAUUAGAAAAGGAAAGUCAGGGGGUUGGCGAGAUUACUUUGAUGAGGAGAUGACGGCAGAAGCAGACAAAUGGAUUGAGGAAAAUCUACGUGACACAGAUCUAUGCUUUCCAAGCAUGCAAUGAUUUAAGCCGAAUAAAUAGAGGCCUUAACAUUUAUAUAAUAACAAUUAUUAUUAUUUAUGUAAAUUGUUUCUUAUUAUACAAAAUUUGUUAAUGAAUUAUAAGUUGUCUGAUAAUUUUAUUUUUAAUUCUACUGCUUGGAAUGAUUUAAUACACAAAUGCUAAUAAAACAAAAUUGUUUCCGAUCCCAUUUGAUAGGUUCCUCCGAUUGCGAUUAUGUCAUACGAGAUACGCCAGUGAUUCAUCGAU